AUGUCAGGUGUGACUAUAACUCUCCAUCUUACCGACACUCACUCUCAUUCUCUCUAUAUACAUUUAUUCUUUUUUUUUUCUUUUUCUCUCCCUUUUUCCAUCUCUUCCCUCCUCUCUCUCUCUCUCUCUCUCUCUCUCUCUCACACACACACACUAUCUUUUACUUUUUUUUUUAGACUCUUAAUUUUUAUUACCUUCUCUUUCCGAUUCUCUUUCUGUCUCCUCCUCUUUUCAGUUUUCCUCUCCGUGCGCCGAACAACGGAAUACUUUUCAAUUAAUGAACAAAAACAGAAUAUACAAGCUUAUGGCUGCACCCUCCCACUCACGUUUUCCCUCUCUCUCUCUCUCUCUCUCCAUCUCUCUAUAUUAUCUAUCUAUCUGUUUAUGUCUUCCACCAACUGUUCCUUCCUGUCUGCCUUUCUUUUUCUCUCAUUCUCUUCUCUAAUUCAACAAUUUUGUCUCGAUUUUCUCAUUCUUUUUCUCUUUCGUAUUUUCUGUUUUUCAAACACUCUUAUGACCUUUCAAAAGCACACGCGUAGACAUCUAUCUAUCUAUCUAUCUAUCUAUCUAUCUAUCUAUCUAUCUAUCUAUCUAUCUAUCUAUCUAUCUAAAGGUGGGGCUUGUUGA